AUGGAUGGGGAGCCUGUUUUCAUUGAUUCCAAGCGGCUGAAUGUUCUCUGUCUCGACUACCCGCCGUCAGAUGUGAGCGGUUAUUACUCAGACGGCAUCGAAUACUACUGUUGUUGCAACAAGAACUGUGACGCUGCUUGGGCCGUCCAGUGGACACCGCGCCCACGGAGAAAAUUUGUGUCCGGGUCGGUGCCUUUGUGCACCUACAAAGCCUUUGCAGUUGCCAAGCUCUGUGCACCUUGCCAAAUGACGAUUAGGGAGGUAGACGAAGAGCGGAACAAACAAUACGAGCAAUACAAGGCAAAGCAGGAGCAAGAAGAGCCGAAUAAUGCCAAUGGAAAGGAGGACGAAGAGGACUUAAUCAAAUUAAUUUAUAAUGAAGCUGAUCCUAAAGCCAGAGGUCAGGGCGGCUUCCCCAAGCAGGAUGAUAAUUCCCUGGUCGACCAUGGCCUUGUCGAGGCGUACCAGAAGUCUAGAGGGCGGCAAACGGUUCCGGCGGUGCUCCUCCCGCAAGAUCCCCAGGCAUGCGCCCUCUGUUGGAAAGUUCGCUGUCUGUGUACCUCGACUCCUCCCAAGCGUGUCAUGGUUGCGAACGAGCAAGCAGAACUGCAGGCGAGAACUGCCUCUGCAUCAGACAACGCAAAUAAGAGAGACCACCAAGGACAGGAGAUGGAGUGCAUGGCUGAAAAGAUGACGACCAAGUUGCGUAGCCUCCAACGACUUCUAGCAGUCGCUGACCCACUUGGCGCAUUUGACGAAGUCAGCUCAAGUCCCCGACCGGAACCUAUUGAGGAUGCCCAAAUGCUGGCAGCUAGAGAUCCGUCAUGGGAUGUGGUGGUGGAGGAGGAUGCAAAUGAGGAUUGGGCGAUCAUCAACCACUUCGGUUUUAUUGCAAUUGAGCACAGAGAUGCACAUGUUGACACGCCGACGGUUCGGCCAUAG